ACCUCCAAUAGAAAUACUUAUCUCUCAAGACUCGAAGGUCAAUUGAUAUUCAAUCGACUUUGGUGAUAACCAACCACAAGAAGAUCAAUCAAGUAAUGGAAGAGAUUUAAAUCUCCAAAUUAAUCUAUGGACAGAUUGUCAUCAUUAUCCAACGUCAUCAUCUCUACGAGAUUUGAUCUUGAUUAACAAUCGACGUUGGAUUUAUGAUGAACUAUCUACACGCAGGGUAACAAAAACAUUGGAACACUUUGAUUAUCUUUAUGUGCCAUCAAAGAUAUUGAGAAAUACCCUAAUCUUAAUCUUUUAAACCCAAUGAGCUAAUAAGGGUUUCUUAAAAUUCUGGUUUUCACAGCCUAUGGUAAUUAAUUUUCUCUUCGAAUCUUGAUAACCUCGUUUAUCGCAAGAUAAUCAACAAACCGGUUUAAAGUUAAUCGAUGGUUUAAAUUGACACCAAAACUAAAAACUCUCUCUACUUCUUGAUUAACACAGAACUAAGUAAUUCUGAAUCAAUAUUGACUAUCAUUUUCUAGGUCAAUCUAAAUCUCUAACUGAUCAUUUGAAUCAUGGUGACAUUUGAUUCAAUCUUGUCGUCAUUAAGUUUUAAUAUUAAUAGUUAUGGUUUAGCGUUGAUUAUUUUUACUAUUUGUCUCUUUGUUUUAAUAUUUUAUAUAAAUAGACCGAUAAAUAUAAUCAGAGAUGCUAAUUGUGAUAAUAUCGCCAAUUUGAAACCAAUAUAUUCUUAUCCGAAUGGUUGGAUUGGUGUUUGUGAAUCAAUUUAUCUGAAAGAUCGUGAAAUUAAACGUGUUGAUUUCUGUGGUCAUCGAAUUAUUUUAUUACGAUUGUCAUCUUCCAAUAGAAAACCUUAUGCAUUGGAUGCUUAUUGUCCUCAUCUAGGAGCUGAUUUAUCGGUGGGUGGAAAAAUAGUGAAAAACUGUGAGACUGAUUGUAUCCGUUGUCCAUUCCAUGGAUGGUCAUUCAAAGUUACUGAUGGUCAAUGUGUCGAUGUUCCUUAUACCAAAGACCGAAAACCACCAAACGGAGUAGCAAUUAAGACAUGGGAAUGUCUGGAACUCAAUGGGUUCAUUUAUGUUUGGCAUCAUAACGAAGGUCUAAAACCAACAUGGGUCCCUGAAGAAAUCAAAGAGAUCACAGUCAACAAAUAUAAGUAUAUGGGCCGAACUGAGCACAUUGUCAACUGUCUAAUCCAGGAGAUACCAGAAAAUGGACCUGAUUUCGCUCAUCUCAAUGAGGUCCAUGCACCGUCAGUUUUUGCAGGAGGAAAAGUUCAAACUAAGCACAACUUCGUGACCGAUUCACUUAUACAUCGAUGGGAAAGUUUCUGGCGAAAGGGUGAAAACGAUGAAAGUCACAAAAGUUUUCUAAAAUUGAAAACGAUGUUCUACCUUUUGGGUUACAAGGUGCUCGUUGUCAAGUUCGACAAGUUAGAACAAGUUGGACCUGCGAUUGUUAAUCUGCAUUUUAAAUUCUCAGCUUUCGGGCUCAAAUUAGAAGGUUGUUAUAUUCAAAACAUUGUUCCAAUUUCAAUCCACAAACAGAAGAUUAUUCAUCAUUUGUACAUGAAACCUUCACUAAUCUCUCCGAUUUUCGCUCAGUUUCUACUCAGAUCUGAGGACAUCAUGCUUUUAAGAGACAUCGAAAUUUGGAGCAACAAGAUUUACCUUACUAAUCCUAAAUUGGUCAAAGAAGAGGCUCAAAUCCAAUCGUUUCGCCGUUGGUACUCACAAUUUUUCAGCAAACAAUCAGGACCAACAAUCAAGUUCGAGGAUCAAUGGUAAACUCACAAAAUUUAUGCGACAAAUCAACAAAAGCUCAGCUUAAUUGUCACAUUUAACUUGCCUUGUUUAGGACAAACGAAUAUUUAUCAAUAAUGAUAUCAAAAUUGUUUUAAUCAAGUGUAUCAGUUCCUUUUCUAAUCAAAAUAUUAAUAAUUAAAUCAUUUGUUACACGAUCAAGCUAUUCUUCUGAUACGUGAAUUAAGUCAUAUUGGGUGACUGGUAAUGAGAGUCUUAAGAAUAGCAUACAUACCAAAAUAUUAUCAGGACUUUUUAAGUCUACGAUCGACUAGAAUAGCGUUUAAAGGUCGAAAGCGAUUUUCUCUAUUUACAUUCUGAUUGACCUAAACCGUAAAACCUAACGAUUUAUCCUUUUGGUCAACUUUACAUAUCAUAGGGUAUUUAUGGAUAAAAUAAGGGAAAUAUCAU